AUGAAUUGUGGUGGGUGGUUGAGGCUGAAACCCCAAGGAUUUGGUUACAUAAAUUAUGCAAGACCUGCUGAUGCUGCAGAGGCUAAAAACCACAUGCAUGGUCAAGUUAUCUUAGGCCAGCCGCUGACUGUUAUUCAUGCGGAUGAAAGAAAAAGUAGUGUGCGUGCAAGUAUAGAAAUGAGUAGUAGGAGUCAUUGUCCUUCGCCACCAAGGGGACGCAGUGGUGGUGGUGGUGGUCGUGAUCGUGAUCCAAAUCAUUCCUCUCGUUUGUUCGUCCGCAACCUUCAUCCAAGCUGCGGGGAAGAAGACCUUCGGAAGCCAUUUGAGCAGUUUGGUCCUAUCAAGCGUGUCUACUUUCCAAGGAGUCGCAUUACUGAGUAUGAUUCUUGCUUUAAUGAAGAUCAUCAAUGUUUUACUGGGUACCCCCAAAGAUUUGGUUACAUAGAAUAUGAAAGACUUGCUGAUGCUGCAGAGGCUAAAAUUCAGAUGCAUGGUGUAGUUCUCUUAGGCCGGCCGCUGACUGUUCUUCAUGCGGAAGAAAAAAGGGGUCGACCAAAUCACAGAAAACCUGCUCCUCUUCCUCGGGACCCCCCCUCGCCACGCCGUUCUCGUUAUCUCCCAAGAAGACAACGUUCACCUUCUAGGAGCCAUGAGGGCUACUCUCCUCCUCCUAAGAAGGGGGGGCAACACUCAAGAUCUGUUUCUCCCCGAGAGAAUAGGACGAAUGGUAGAGAAAGCGAUAUAUCAUACUUGCCCAAUUUGAACUCCCGAAGAGAGCAUUAUCGGGCAGGUAGAAACCCUGAACAAUCUCCUUCUCCAAAAUAUGAAAAGUCUCGUGUAAAAGGUGGUGAAAUAGGAGUGAGCCCAAGCUCCCAUUGGAAGUGCCAGCCGGAGUCCAAUGGAAGAGACAAAAUGGAGAAACCAGAUUCUUUGAGAAUAUUGCAAAUUUACGAUUAAACUUGUUUAUCUUGCAUGAUUUUCUUCUUCUUUUUGUAUGAUUUUGAAGUCAAUGCAUUGUAUUCUAUUACUUACUUACUAGAAGAAGAGCUGAAUGAUACCACUAACUGUUGAGAACUUGUAGCUGUAAACUUGGGAGUUGUAUCUUCUAAGGCUUCAAAUAUUUUGUUAUGGUUUUUCAAAUCUUAAGCUGUUUCCUAUUUUUAUUUUUAUUAUUAU